CGUCAUUGUCACGAAAGGGGGGCUAGCAGAUGCCUUUUCGAGACAACAAUAGCCUGUUUUCGCUCAGGUGAGACCCUUUUCUUUUCACAAACACAUAUAUUUUUACAUUGGUUAAUAGAGUAAAUUGCCACGAAUUGAGACGCUGUGAAAUCUUUAAUUGGUUCAUAUUUGCUAGCUAACUUUAGCUUAGUAGCUAGCUAACUUCUAUAGCUAACGUUAUCGUUAGCUAGCCAGCGUUAUGGAAGUUGGCUAGCUACUGCUGUUUGACAGCCGUUUUUAUUUAUGGUUAGUUGUAAUAUGUUGGGUAAAUACAGAAUACAAUAUCUAACGUUUGUCGAAUGUUUUGUUUAGCUUGUCAACGGUACCAUGCUAGAGUUACAUGGUUGAUAUGGAGAGCUUCUAGCUAUGUCAGCUAGCCAGUGUGUAACAUCAUGCCAUUGUUAUCCAAGAUAGCUAGCUGCAUUCUUGUUAGUUUGCUAGCUAGCUGGUUAAAUGGCCGGCCCGCUCAUUAGGCAGGAGUAGAGGGCGUAUUUUCUGAGUUAAACUGACCAAGAAGCAUCUCCAACAACAACACAUAAAACCCCACAUAAUUAUGCCACAAAACAAUGACAAUUUCUCUCAACCAGUGGCAUAUUGUCUGUUUAGCUGAGCGCUGAUGCCGUCCUCUGAUAAGCAGUGCCCACUUUGUCAAAGGCAGGGCGCAAAAUAUUUUGGUUGUCCAUUCCCAGCGCGCCUCUCCAGCGUGCUGAUGGAGAGACUCAUCUGAACCGCUCCACCAACGUUCAAUCAAAAAAAAUAUUCCAACUUAAAUCAUGUAGCAAAUAUAUGGUAAAAAGAGUAUGUGGCAUUUUCUAUAGCCUACAGGCUGGAAUGUAUGACAAUGUAAUGUAUGACAUAAAAUGUAUGACAAUGUAAUGAGAUGGACACUUUUUACAUCAUGCAGGUUUCUCUGAUCAAAUAGCCUAACCUAAAUGGCGCUCAAUCAAAUAAAAAAUGAGCUGUUAUGUUAACAAACAACAUAUAUCCUAAAAACAGGACAGGUAAAUGUAAAAUGGAUAAUAUGGAAAGGGCAAUCACAACUGUUGUCCAGGAGUUUCACCCCAUUGUCAUGAUCAGUGGUUUCAAGUUUUUAUCAGUCAAUUUGACAAGCUGAUCAUAGCGAAAAAGAAAAUACUUCUGCAUUUCCCGCUGUGUAAAAACAUUGCAAAUAGGCUCGUGAUAACUCCAACUGGCAAGUGUCUUCAGACUUUUUCAACCUCUCCCUAGCCGAGUCUGUAAUACCUACAUGUUUCAAGCAGACCACCAUAGUCCCUGUACCCAAGAAAGUGAAGGCAACCUGCCUAAAUGACUACCGCCCCGUAACACUCACGUCGGUAGCCAUGAAGUGCUUUGAAAGGCUGGUCUGGCUCACAUCAACACCAUCAUCCCAGAAACUCUAGACCCACUCCAAUUCGCAUACCGCCCCAACAGAUCCACAGAUGACGCAAUCUCAAUCGCACUCCACACGGCCCUUUCCUACCUGGACAAAAGGAACACCUAUGUGAGAAUGCUGUACAUUGACUACAGCUCAGUGUUCCAACCCCAUAGUGCCCACAAAGCUCAUCACUAAGCUAAGGACCCUGGGACAUCACUAAGCUAAGGACCCUGGGACAUCACUAAGCUAAGGACCCUGGAACUAAACACCUCCCUCUGCAACUGGAUCCUGGACUUCCUGACGGGCCGCCCCCAGGUGGUAAGGGUAGGCAACAACACAUAUGCCACGCUGAUCCUCAACACGGGGGCCCCUCAGUGGUGCGUGCUUAGUCCCCUCCUGUACUCCCUGUUCACCCACGACUGCAUGGCCUAGCACGACUCCAACACCAUCAUUAAGUUUGCUGAGGACACAACAGUGGUAGGCCUGAUCACGACAACGAUGAGACGGCCUAUAGGGAGGAGGUCAGAGACCUGGCAGUGUGGUGCUAGGACAACAACCUCUCCCUCAACGUGAGCAAGACAAAUGAGCUGAACGUGGACUACAGGAAAAGGAUGGCCGAACACGCCCCCAUUCACAUCGACAGGGCUGUAGUGGAGCGGGUCGAGAGUUUCAAGUUCCUUGGUGUCCACAUCACCAACAAACUAUCAUGGUCCAAACACACCAAGACAGGCGAAGAGGGCACGACAACACCUUUUCCCCCUCAGGAGACUGAAAAGAUUUGACAUGGGUCCCCAGAUCCUCAAAGUUAUACAGCUGCACCAUCGAGAGCAUCCUGACCGGUUGCAUCACCGCCUGGUAUGGCAACUGCUCGGCAUCCGACUGUAAGGCGCUACAGAGGGUAGUGCAUACGGCCCAGUACAUCACUGGCGCCAAGCUUCCUACCAUCCAGGACCUAUAUACUAGGCUGUGUCAGAGGAAGGAACAAAAAAUGGUCACCGACUCCAGUCACCCAAGUCAUAGACUGUUCUCUCUACUACUGCACGGCAAGCGGUACCGGAGCGCCAAGUCUAGGUCCAAAAGGCUCCUUAACAGCUUCUACCCCCAAGCCAUAAGACUGCUGAAUAAUUAAUCAAAUGGCCACCCGGACUAUUUACAUUGAACCCCCACCCCCCUUUGUUUUUACACUGCUGCUACUCACUGUUUAUCUAUGCACUGUUUAUCACUUUACCCCUACCUACAUGUACAAAUUACCUCGACUAACCUGUACCCCCCCCCGCACAUUGACUCGGUACCGGUACCCCCUGUAUAUAGCCUCGGUAUUGUUAUUUUAUUGUUAUUUUUUAUUUAGUAAAUAUUUUCUUAACUCAAUUUCUUGAACUGCAUUGUUGGUUAGGGUCUUGCGAGUAAACAUUUCACGGUAACUGUUGUAUUCUGCGCAUGUGACAAAUAAAAUUUGAUUUGAUAAAGUUGGGUAGCUGAUAUUCAGAGCUUAAAUAGCCAAAUUGAUUAGUCCCAGGAAUCAGGACUAUUAAAGCCAAUGCAAUGGCCUGUUUUACAAACGGGGGUCUACCACAUGGAUGGGCAUUAAUACAAUUCCAUUGCGGGCGACAUGGUAGGCUACACCCUAUGUCUUUUUUUGGUCCUGUCCGGACAUAGUUUUUUUUGUUUUACAUUUAAGUCAUUUAGCAGACGCUCUUAUCCAGAGCGACUUACAGUUAGUGAGUACAUACAUCAUUUUUUUUUUAUACUGGCCCCCCAUGGGAAUCGAACCCACAACCCUGGCAUUGCAAACGCCAUGCUCUACCAAUUGAGCUACAUCCCUGCCGGUCAUUCCCUCCCCUACCCUGGACGACGCUGAGCCAAUUGUGCGCCGCCCCAUGGGUCUCCCGGUCGCGGCCGGCUACGACAGAGCCUGGAUUCGAACCAGGAUCUCUAGGGGCACAGCUAGCACUGCGAUGCAGUGCCUUAGACCACUGCGCCACUCGGGAGUUUUACAAACGGUAGGCUUACCACAGAUGGGCAUUCAUAAAAUUCAAUUUCAGGUAACACUGUAGGCUACACCUCAGUAAGCGCAGACCGACGCUGAUGCCUUUUGUAUGUAUUUUUUUGGUGCAGUUCUGGACCUGCCUUGAUCUCCACAUCUACGGCCAUAGAUUUUUGGUCCAACCCAGACGUCUAUGUUUGGUUCAGAUUUUGUUCGGUCUGGACCAGCCUCAAUUUGGCCCAAACAUAGACGUCUAUAAAUUACUUAUUUUCAACUUUCAUUCAGAACAAAAAUAAUUGCUUGAUUUCAACAUCCGGAAAAUACAUAUUUUCAACGUCUGUAAAAUACGUAUUUUCAACAUCAGGAAAAUAAGUAUUUUCAGCUUUCAUUCAGAACCGAAAAUGAACCUGAUUUCAACGUCCGGAAAAUACGUAUUUUUCAACUUCCUGGAAAAUAUGUAUUUUAAACAUACAGAAAAUACCUUUUCACUUUUCAUUACAUUUACAUUUUAGUCAUUUAGCAGACGCUCUUAUCCAGAGUGACUUAAGGAGGGUUAAGUGCCUUGCUCAAGGGCACAUCGACAGAUUUUUUUUACCUAUUCGGCUCGGGGAUUAGAACCAGCGACCUUUCGGUUACUGGCACAACGCUCCUAACCACUGUAUAUCUUUUGUAUUUCCGGUAUUUAUUUUCAAUACUGAUGCAGUUCCCAGUGACAAACCCUUGCACAAUAUAGAAGAGCCUAACCGAACUACAAAUAGUUCCAGCUGAUUGCGAGGAAACGUGCUUAGGUUGACUACUUUCGGCAAUUGUUUAGUUUAUAUAUUGUGCAUCACGUGCAAUGCAUCAUAUCUCCACCACCCACUUACUGCCAAAAGGACCAACAGCAUGUACAACCGUUAGUGUAAAUAGAAUUUUAUUCCACAUUCUGCCUUGUAGAGACUAUCUUUUUUACAGCGACUUCUUUCAGACUGAUAUUCAUGGAGUAACCAUGGUAACAGUCUGUUUAGGCAGCUAGCUAGCUAUUUAAUUUGCCAAUGUUAUUUUUGGGCCAUGGCUCAAUUCGUGGGUGAGUAAGCUUGCCACCUAGUUUGGUUUAUGAUAGAAUGGCUAUAUGUAUAGCUAGGUUGUUCGUCGAAAACAUAAUGUCAAAAUAAUACUUUAAUUCUGUCAGCUGAGGAAUAGGCCUAGUCUUAGGGAUGCCGAAGAAGUUCCAGGGUGAGAACUCCAAGGCGGUCACUGCCAAGGCCCGCAAAGCAGAGGCCAAAGCAGUGGAAGACGCCCGCAAGAAGAAGGAGCUGGAGGAUGCACUAUGGCAGGAGAAUGACAAACAUGUCCUGAAGAAAGAACAGAGGAAGGUGAGACCUUUCGCACUCUGUUUCCUAUUCUCACACAGGGUCAAAUAGUCUGCAGCAGUAUUACAUUGGGCUAUAUCACGAUCCAGUAUCUUGCUAUGUAUGUACAGACACCAGACUCUAGAAUCUACAAAUUAAUUCCCUGAUAUGUUGAAGUGGGUCUGAUCAUUUAGACUGACUUUAAAUGUCCCCUCUCUGAACCUGCAGGAUGACAAGGAGAAGAAGCGCCUUGAGGCCCUGGAGAGAAAGAAGGAGAACCAGCGGCUCUUAGAUGAGGAGGCUGCAAAGAUUAAGGGCAAGGCCAAGGAGGCGGCUGCUGCUGCUGUGGUGGCGGGCAAAGUGACCCGGGCCCAGAUUGAGGAGACGCUGCGUGUCGAGCAGCAACUCCAACAGCAGGAGCAACCCAAAGAGAAAGGCAAUGACCUCACCAAUAUACCUUCAAUCAUUAACCAGGCUCUCUUUCCUCUCCGGGUUCUGUUGUAUUCUUAUGGUCUCCCUCUCCUAUGUUUGUGUCCACAGAGAAGAGUCACCUGGAGACGCCCCUGGAGGAGAAUGUGAAUCGCAUCAUCCCCGAGGAAGGUGCUGUGGAUGCUAGAACCGUAGAGGAUGCCAUUGCCGUGCUCAGGUACAGAAUACUGAAUAGGCAUAACCUCUCAAUGUUGCUUUUGUAGGGGGUAACAGUGUUGAGAUUACAGGAGAGAACUAGGGGAGCCUUUCCAUUGGUGUACCAUACCGUUAUCAACAAAGUGGGUUUGUUGUGACCUACAAUAUACACAUACAGUGCCUUCAGAAAGUAUUCACAAUCCUUGACUUUUUUCACAUGUUGUUGUUACAGACUGAAUUUAAAAUGUAUUAAAUUGAGAUUUUGUGUCACUGAUCUACACACAAUACCGCAUAAUGUCAAAGUGGAAUUGUGUUUUUAGAAAUGUUUAGAAAUUAAUUUUAAAAUGUUGUAAGGUCCCUCAGUCGAGCAGUGAAUUUCAAGCACAGAUUCAACCACAAAGACCAGGGAGGUUUUCCAAUGGUUCGCAAAAAAGGGCACCUAUUGGUAGAUGGGUAAAAAUAAAAUGCCGACAUUGAAUAUCCCUUUGAGUAUGGUGCAGUUAUUAAUUACACUUUGGAUGGUGUAUCAAUACACCCCGUCACUACAAAGAUACAGGCACCGUUCCUAACUCGGUUGCCGGAGAGGAAGGAAACCGCUCAGGGAUUUCACCGAGGCCAAUGGUGAUUUUAAAACAGUUAGUUUAAUGGCUGUGAGAGGAGAUAACUGAGGAUGAAUCAACAACAUUGUAGUUACGCCACAAUUCAAAUCUAAAUGACAGAGUGAAAAGAAGGAAGCCUGUUCAGAAUACAAAAUAUUCUAAAACAUGUACUAAAGUAAUACUGCAAAAAAUGUGGCAAAGAAAUGCACUUUUUGUCCUGAAAAUAAAGUGUUAUGUUUGGGGCAAAUCCAUAUUUUGGUGGUGGCUGCAUCAUAUUAUGGGUAUACUUGUCAUCGGCAAAGACUAGGGAGUUUUUCAGGAUAACAAAUAAAUGCAAUAGAGCUAAGCACAGGCAAAAUCCUAGAGGAAAAUCUGGUGGUCUGCUUUCCUGGGAGACAAAUUCACCUUUUCAGCAGGACAAUAACCUAAAACACAAGGCCAAAUAUACACUGCAGUUGCUUACCAAGACAACAUUGAAUGUUCCUAAGUGGCCUAGUAACAGUUUUGACUUAAAUUGGCUUGGAAAUCUAUGGCAAGACUUCAAAUCAAAUCAAAUCAAAUUUUAUUGGUCACAUGCGCCGAAUACAACAGGUGCAGACAUUGCAGUGAAAUGCUUACUUACAGCCCUUAACCAACAGUGCAUUUAUUUUAAACAAAAAAAGUAAGAAUAAAACAACAACAACAAAAAAGUGUUGAGAAAAAAAGAGCAGAAGUAAAAUAAAGUGACAGUAGGGAGGCUAUAUAUACAGUAAAAUAAAGUGACAGUAGGGAGGCUAUAUAUACAGGGGGGUACCGUUGCAGAGUCAAUGUGCGGGGGCACCGGCUAGUUGAGGUAGUUGAGGUAAUAUGUACAUGUGGGUAGAGUUAAAGUGACUAUGCAUAAAUACUUAACAGAGUAGCAGCAGCGUAAAAAGGAUGGGGUGGGGGGGCAGUGCAAAUAGUCCGGGUAGCCAUGAUUAGCUGUUCAGGAGUCUUAUGGCUUGGGGGUAGAAGCUGUUGAGAAGUCUUUUGGACCUAGACUUGGCACUCCGGUACCGCUUGCCGUGCGGUAGCAGAGAGAACAGUCUAUGACUAGGGUGGCUGGAGUCUUUGACAAUUUUGAGGGCCUUCCUCUGACACCGCCUGGUAUAGAGGUCCUGGAUGGCAGGGAGCUUUGCCCCAGUGAUGUACUGGGCCGUACGCACUACCCUCUGUAGUGCCUUGCGGUCAGAGGCCAAGCAGUUGCCAUACCAGGCGGUGAUGCAACCAGUCAGACUUGAAAAUGGCUGUCUAGCAAUGAUCAACAACCAACUUGACAGAGCUUGAAUAAUUUUUUUAAGAAUAUGAAUCAAUGUUUUACAAUCCAGCUGUGCAAAGCUCUUAGCCAGAAAAACUCACAGCUGUAAUCGCUGCCAAAGGUGAUUCUAACAUGUAUUGACUUAGGGGGUUGAAUACUUAUCUAAUUGUGAUAUACACUGUGUCCACAAUUAUUAGGCAAGUCAGUAUUUUGACCAUAUCAUCAUUAUUAUGCAUAUUUCCCAACUCCAAGCUGUAUAAACUGGAAUGCUUAUUGGAUUUAAGCAUAUCAGGUGAUGUGUAUUUGUGUAAUGAGGGAGGGUGUGGCCUAAGGAGAUCAACACCCUAUAUCAAGGUGUGUAUAAUUAUUAGGCAGCUUCUUUCCCUCAGACAAAAUGGGCCAGAAAAGAGAUUUAACUGACUCUGAAAAGUCAAAAAUUUUAAAAAGUAUUUGAGGGAUGCAGCACUCUUGAAAUUGCUAAGAUAUUGGGGCGUGAUCACAGAACCAUCAAACGUUUUGUUGCAAAUAGUCAACAGGGUCGCAAGAACCAUGUUGAGAAAAAAAGACGCAAAUUAACUCUAAAGAUUUUAGAAGAAUCAAACGUGAAGCUACCAGGAACCCAUUAUCCUCCAGUGCUGUCAUAUUCCAGAACUGCAACCUAACCUGGAGUGCCCAGAAGUACAAGGUGUUCAGUGCUCAGAGACAUGGCCAAGGUAAGGAAGGCUGAAACCCGACCACCACUGAACAAGACACAUAAGUUGAAACGUCAAGACUGGGCCAAGAAAUAUCUGAAGACAGAUUUUACAAAGGUUUUAUGGACUGAUGAGAUGAGUGACUCUUGACGGACCAGAUGGAUGGGCCCGUGGCUGGAUCAGUAACGGGCACGGAGCUCCACUUCAACUCAGACGCCAGCAAGGUGGAGGUGGGGUACUGGUAUGGGCUGGUAUUAUUAAAGAUGAGCUAGUUGAACCUUUUCGGGUUGAAGAUGGACUCAAACUCAACUCCCAAACCUACUGCAAGUUUUUAGAAGACACUUUCUUCAAGCAGUGGUACAGGAAAAAGUCUGCAUCUUUCAAGAAGACCAUGAUUUUUAUGCAGGACAAUGCUCCAUUGCAUGCAUCAAAGUACUCCACUGCGUGGCUAGCCAGUAAAGGCCUUAAAGAUGAAAGAAUAAUGACAUGGCCCCCUUCCUCACCUGACCUAAACCCUAUUGAGAACUUGUGGUCCCUUCUUAAACGGUCGAUUUACGGUGAACUAAAAAAUUACACCUCUCUGACCCGUGUCUGGGAGGCUGUGGUUGCUGCUGCACAAAAAGUUGAUCGUCAACAGAUCAAGAAACUGACAGACUCCAUGGAUGGAAGGCUCUCAGAAUUGUCAAAGACUCCAGCCACCCUAGUCAUAGACUGUUCUCUCUGCUACCGCACGGCAAGCGGUACCGGAGUGCCAAGUCUAGGUCCAAAAGACUUCUCAACAGCUUCUACCCCCCAAGCCAUAAGACUCCUGAACAGCUAAUCAUGGCUACCCGGACUAUUUGCACUGCCCCCCCCACCCCAUCUUUUUACGCUGCUGCUACUCUGUUAAUUAUUUAUGCAUAGUCACUUUAACUCUACCCACAUGUACAUAUUACCUCAACUAGCCGGUGCCCCCGCACAUUGACUCUGCACCGGUACCCCCCUGUAUAUAUAGCCUCCCUACUGUUAUUUUAUUUUACUUCUGCUCUUUUUUUCUCAACACUUUGUUGUUUUAUUUUACUUUUUUAUAAAAAAUAAAUGCACUGUUGAUUAAGGGCUGUAAGUAAGCAUUUCACUGUAAUGUCUGCACCUGUUGUAUUCGGCGCAUGUGGCCAAUAAAAUUUGAUUUGAUAUGACUGUUAUUGAAAAGAAGGGUGGCUAUAUUGGUCACAGAAAUGUUUAUUUUAAAAUGUUGAGUUUGUUUAUUAUUCUCACUUUAACAGAUGAAAAUAAACAAGUGAGAUGGGGAACUUUUCGUUUUUCAUUUAGUUGCAUAAUAAUUCUGCACACUAAUAGUUGCCCAAUAAUUGUGCACACAUAGAUAUUCUCCAAAGAAAGCCAAAACCUCACUUUUACUUUAUUAAAUAUUCAGGUUUGAGGUUUAUUAACAUUUUGGAUUGACCGAGAGCACUGUAGUUGUUCAAUAAUAAAAUUAAUCCUCAAACAUACAACUUGCCUAAUAAUUGUGCACACAGUGUAUUAGUGUUUUAUUUUCCAUAAAUUAGGAGAAGAAGAAACAGGUUAGAUUUUUCUUCCACUUUGACAUUUAGAGUAUUUUGUGUGGAUUGUUAAUACAUAAAAAAAAUAAAAAAAUUGAAUCCAUUUUAAUCCCAUUUUGUAACACAACCAAAUGUGGAAAAAGUCAAGGGGUGUGAAUACUUUCUGAAGGCACUGUAUAACAUCAGUUACUUUUCAUACUCCAGGCUAUAUAAAAGAAGACAAAGCAGGCAUGGCAGGUAUCAUAACAAGUAUGAGGUUCCAUAGGGUAGCUAAAGUGAGAGAGGUCAAGAUGGCAAAGUUUCAACCCGCUCCUCUUGUUUGUUCUUUCCCAGCACGGCUGAAGAGCUCGACCGCCACCCCGAGCGCAGGGUGAAGGCAGCGUUCGCUGCAUACGAGGAGCUGAACAUGCCCCUCCUUAAAAAAGAGAACCCCAACAUGCGGCUGUCGCAGCUCAAGCAACAGCUGAAAAAGGAAUGGAUGAAGUCGCCAGAGAACCCCCUGAACCAGCGCUUUGCCAACUACAACACAAAGUGAACCAACUCCAGCAGCUAAUACAAAACUGUCUACUUAUGCACAUUGGACCUUACAAUGGAAGAUGCCCCAACCUAUAAUUAUUCCCUCAUUAUGAAUGUGUUGCUGGAAAAGCUGCACUCAUUCCCUAGGAAGGACCUCCGAUGCAAGGAAUCACCUUAGGACUUCUGCUUGUUCAUUCAGAUUUGACAAGGAAAAGCCCCCCCCCCCAAACCAAUGUUCCUGCUGAUUUUAUUUUACUGUGCAUGCCCACUUAUGAAGCAUCUCAGCGGUUUAUGGAUUUUAUUCCCACUAUCAGUUUUUGGCACUUAUGUUGAAAAGGGAUUAAAGUAAUUUAUUUCAGUUCACAAUACACUAACAUAUCCAAUUGUUUCUGAGAAUGAGACUACAGGUAUGUGG